AUGCGCGCCGCGGCGGUUAACGUGCAUCCGCCGCCGGCGCCGCGCGCCGUGGGUCUGCGAGAGCUCGAAUCCCAGCGGCUGCCGCAGCACAUGCGACGCGAGAGUUCGAAUCCCUUUGAGACGCCGCAGCAUGACGAGGUGUCUUUUGAGCGAGCAGCGGUGCAAGUGGGUGUGGGGCGGCAGCAGCGGCGGUCGCUGCUGCGGCAGUGGUUCCGCGCAAAAGAAGCAGAAUCGGGUUCGAGAUGGGGCCUUGCAACCAGGGCUGCCGAGCAACUGACGACCACUCAAUCAGAGGCGGAGGUGGGGGAGGUGCAAGUGGGGGAGGUGUUGAGGCGGCCAGUGGAAGACAUUCGGCGGCAGUGGCUUUUGCUGAGGAAGGAGAUAGGCAGGGGGCAGUACGGCGUGAUUCGGAGAUGCGUGCACCGCAGCACCGGGGAGAUCGCUGCCUGCAAGAGCAUUCGAAAGUCCGCCAUUCAGAGCGGUGCUGACGUGGAGGCAGUGCGUAAUGAGGUGGCAUUCAUGGAAGAACUCGAGGGCCAUCCCAACAUUAUUCAGAUCAAGCAGGCUGCGGAGACGAACAAGCACGUGCACGUGGUGAUGGAGCUCUGUGAGGGGGGAGACUUGUUUGACCGCAUUGACUCCCACGGAAGGCUCUCGGAAGCUUCCGCAGCGCGCAUCUUCCGAUCGCUCAUGCUGGCCUUGCAGCACUGCCACUCGCAUGGCAUCGUGCACCGCGACAUCAAACCCGAAAACGUGCUUGUAUCGAAUAGUGCUUAUAACGAGGACGCCCCAGGAGCCAUGUUCAGCAUGUGCCCAGAAUCGCCUGAAAGCGUCAAACUGAUUGAUUUUGGAGUCGCUGCAAGAAUGGCUCCGGGUUUUCCUCUUUCGGAGGAGGUGGGCACGGCAGAGUACAUGGCUCCUGAGGUGUUUUCAGGGGCAUACGGCCGUGAGUGCGACGUGUGGAGCGCCGGUGUUACUCUGUUCGUGAUGCUCUGUGGGCAGACCCCGUACCUGCGAGAUAGACCUGCCAAUUCCAGCAGCAGCUGCAGCAGUGGGAAGGAGGGAGCAGUAGCUGAAGAGGGUGUGUGGCGGAGGGUACUGGAGGCGAAGAGGAGGGGGUUCAGCCACAGCCGGAGGUGGCAGGAGCUGUCGUCACCGGCCAAGCAUCUCAUCAUUCGCAUGCUCUCUGCUGAUCCCACCACCCGAAUCAGCGUGGACGAGAUUCUCG